UAAACAUCGCAGAACUUAAGAGUUGCAGAUUACUCAAUCAGUGGCUGCUGUUGUGUGCAGAUGGCUGAUCAGAGUCAAUAGUCGCAGUACGAAGAAUACUCAAUUGUUAGUCAGAUGUGAUUUUGAGCGUGUGGCCUAAGCCGAAAUGCAUCAGUCUAACAAUAAAGUUCUUCUAUACAAUGCAAGUGUUGCUGGAGUUUUGACCUCUUUAAAUGUUUUCCCCCGUCUCCAUGGAAAGUAGGUGAAGUUGUGCCUCAAAACGUCCACUCUGCUAUGAGUAAAUAAUUGAAACUUGUUUGGCGCAGACCUUCAGGCAGAACAUACCAUGAAAAUCAACUGCGGCUGUGAUUAAGGCUGCAGCUAAAGAUAAAAAAAAAUUCCGAUUAACCUAAUAACCAUAUUUUUCUGUUUGGCCGAUUCAUCCUUGGGUAACAUACCAAUAAAUAAUAACAAUAACUUCCAUUCAUCUUUUUAACCUUUACUCCAAGCAUUUUCUCAUUAUACUUACAAGUAGAAAUUUCAAACUAAACUUUGAGAAAAAUACAAUGCCAAGAAUGGGGGAAAAAAGGCUUUUUAGGGGAUGUAUUAGGAAUUAAAAUGUGACAAAUAUGAACACAAAAUCAAAUGUGACAUAUUUUAAAAAGAAAUCUAUGAAUGACGGAACCAUUUCAAACUAGAUACUGCCUCAGUCCUUUUCGCACGCCUCUGCUUGAAAAUGACAUGGUCAAAAUGAAAAGAGUAUAUCUCUGCAACUACAGGGACUGUGUGAAUCAGAAAUACAGGUCAAGUCAGGAAAUACAGCAUAAAUAAAAAUAAAUUUUUCGCACCCAAAAAUAAAAUAUACAAAAUAUAUUUAGAGUGAAUAUUCUCUAAGUAAUAAUGCGGAUGAAGAAACAAAAAAAAACUUCCAUACACAAUCCAUAGCACGGUAUCUAAACAUUAUCUGUGCCCUAUUCCUGCGCAUAAAGUGAAGCAGGCUUUAGUGUGGACACAGUCGGAUCAAAGCACAGCUCAUCGUGAUGAAACAUCAAAGGUAAAACGUGGUGACAGUUGGUUGUUGAAUGAUCAGAAAUGCACUGUUGUAAUCGGUGGACUCCGAGCUUUCUUAUGAUAAGUAACUUGUGUUGUUAGCAUUGGGUUUCUAUUUUUUUUAAAUCCUCGGAAGAUCUGGUCCCAGCAGGGGAGAUUUGCGGUCACUUUCUCCAGGACCGAAGUGUUGUCUCGCUCCGGGGCUAACCCCGCUACAGUAAAUAACACCCAGAAACUUCUCCUUCCUCUUGAGAUGCUUCAGCAUUUAGGAACAGCCUGCACUGCAAAUUCACUGCUGCAGCCAACUCCGUUUCUCCGGACCUCCCCGUGCUCACAGCCACUCGCUUUGGUGCUCAUGUAACACAAGCUUUUUCGCAGCUCAUCCUGGAGUUAUGUCGCUCUGAGGAGACUGCUGACCUCCAGAUUAUUCAGCCUCAUCUCGACCGAAUGCAGAACCUCAGAUCUCUGUGGAAUUUUGAGACCGAUAAUGCAGAGCAAGAUGUGACAGACUCCCAUUUCAUGGGCCUCGUUCGAAAUCUGCUUCAAGAUCCUGAAGAGAGAAGAAACUUUUUCCAGGAUGUUUUCCCAGGAGACUUCGGCCCCACAUAUGAUAAAGCAAUCCAGACACUGAUGUGGCUGUUUCUGUCCAGACUUGAAAAGCUUCUUCCCUCUCAAACUCUCCAACAGAUCGCGUCUCUGCUCAACAACGCCUCGUCUGUUCUGACUGAAUGCAUGGAGACUUUUGCUCAACCUCCGGAGCUCAAAACACUGUUGGACUCUCACAAAGACCUCAGUCAGUUAGAGGAUAUUGAAUCUUACAUUGUCGACAGUGGCAUCUUGUCGGCUCUGUGUCUCCCUCCUGUGGAACGAGUCGUGAUCGUCAAUGAACAAGCGGAAGCGGAUGCGGGGAGCGGGCUCGUCUACACAGUUUGCACAGAGAUGGAGGUGGAAUCGGAGAACAAAGAGGUGUACAUGGAGGGAACUGGGAACUCAGAGGCAUGUGCGCAAACCCAGUGGUUUGGUGUCAGCGGUGAGGUGAAGGCAGAAAUGGGCACCGUGGAAGGUGCGGCGGCCAGCGAGAGUGAAAUGGCUGACGACCACCAUGACAAUCAGCGUGGAACACUGAUGAUCGGGGAGGACGGCCAGGUGACCGUGCUAGACGGCGCCGAGAAAAAGCCGAACAGACGCGGGAGGAAAAAGAAGAGGCCCGCAGAUGAAGACUUCGAGGUAAAAGGCAGAACAAGGGGUAAACAAGAAGACCCUGCAUUAAAUGUUUCUUGGGACAGACCAGUGCGAAAGAACCGUGGGCUCAAGAUGAAAGGCUACCUGUCCCAGUGGAGAAAAACAGGAAAGACACAGGGCAGUAACAGUGCCCCGAAAAAGUUUGCCAGAACCCGGGGUUCAAGCAAAAGCAUUGAUUUAGACGAGAGAACGUGCAAAGUGUGCGGCAAGCUGGCAAGCAGUGUCAAGUUCUUGGAGCGACACAUGAAUCAACAGCACUCCGAGGAGCUCCAGUUAUCUUGUCCUACGUGCAAGAGGUUCUAUAAGAGCUUGCGUUACUUGCAGCAACACCGAUGUCCAAGCGCGUCGAAAGCAAAGUCUGGCAGAAAGGCAAAGGAACCAGAGACUGUCGCAGGUGAAGGCGAGCAAUCGUCCAGUGGGAUCCCUUGUGAGGAAACCAAUGAGGAACAUCCGCCAGAUGACCAGGACCCGGAUUUUGCCCCCUCCGCAGAGGGGCAGUCUUCCAAAGAAUCGGGACAGAAGAGCCCAGAGGAAAACAAGUCGCUGCUAGAAGGUCCGUUCUACUGUCCUCACUGCAGCGUCGAGUUCAAGUGCAAACAAACGUUUAGGUUCCACUUGAGAAACAUUUGCUACACCGAGCAGCAGGUGGAUCCCGAGAAGCCCGACGACGUCAAACACUGUUUCAGGUGCGACGAGUGCGACAAAGCUUUCAAAUACAAAUCAACGUUGGAGUCCCACAAACAGACUCACAACCCGCUCUACUGCGAGGUGUGUACAAAACUGGUACGUGACCCAGAGGCACUGGCGAUGCACAAGGAAUCUCACACGCCCUUUCAGUGUAACCAGUGCGAGGAGAACUUCCCCGUGUUCAAGUCCCUCCACAAGCACUACAUCGAUGUCCACAACCCCACCGAGCCGUUCACCUGCACCCACUGUCAGACCACUUUUGCAAGUUUGAAGCGUUUCAUCAGGCACGAGUGGAAACACACAGGCUACCAGCCGUUUCAGUGCCCUCAUUGCAGCAAGCGAUUCCGGUCCUACUCAGACCUCGUGGAGCACCAGAAGAAGCACACCAAGGCCUAUCCAUUCCUCUGCUGGGAGUGCGGCAAGAAAUUCAGGCACGGCGUGACACUGACGAGGCACGUGGAGCGCGUGCACCACUCUGGCGAGCCCAUAACGGAGAAGCCCCUGCCCACCUUCACCUGCGCCCAGUGCGGCAAGACCUUCACUUCCAGAAGAUGCCUCCUGAAACACGACAAUUUCCAUCACAAAGGGCUGCGUUUCCCGUGCGAGCACUGCGGGAAGGGGUUCUUUGGCAAGGACGCGUUGGUGAGGCACACGCUGAUUCACACAGGCGAGCGGCCUUUUAAGUGCGAGGACUGCGAUAAGUCCUUCAGGUCCGCGGCAGAGUUGAAGAUACAUAGGCGAUACCACACCGGGGAGAGACCGUUUAAGUGCAACAUCUGUGAAAAGGGAUUUGUCCAGUCCUGCUUUCUCACCUUACACAUGCGAACCCACACGGGCGAGCGACCGUACGUCUGUGCAGUGUGCAGCAAGGGCUUUUCAAGCUUGCAUGGCCUUAAAAGACACAGGAGGCUUGUUCAUGCAUAGAUGUUACAGUAAUACAAAGUCCCAAAGUGGAUGUUCUGCUUAAUUUUCCCUUAUUGAAGGUCAGAGGUCACCAUCAGCUGAAAACCAGAACUUGAGGAAGUGUUGAGGAGGUGACCUAUUGCUCAAGGACACUUGCUGUUGUGUUGACUGACGUGGAACUUUUGAAUCCAGGUUUUCAAGUUUUGAGGGACUGUUUCCUUAAAGAGGCAGUAAGCGAUUUUAGUCCGAUACACUUUGUAAAAAAAAAAAAAGUGAAUACUUCCUCACGGUCGCUAGCUGUUGGUUCUGGUUUUCGCCUCAGUUCUGGCUCUGUAAAUCGUAAAAACAAAAGCGGCCCGCUCAGUGCUGUUAAAUCCUCAGCAACGACGAAAUUGCUUACUGCCCCUUUAACAUAUCAGCCACAUUGCUCUCUGUGGCUGUCACAGCCUGGAUUGUUAGGAACUGCGUUAUUGUAUAGUGCAUUAUAAAAAUGUAACUUUGUAUUUUUUACAGACAAAUUUGCUGUAGCUCUACAUAAGAUUUGUAUGUAUAAAUGACAUGAAUCUAAAUUCCUUUGGGGAUUGACUUUCUUGAAUAAAUUGUAUGUUUGA